CCCCUUUUUGUCUCUUUUUUCCUGGCCCUGCAGGGGAUGGCGGCGGCGCCGGUGCCGUGGUUCCUGCAGGGGGGGAUGGCUUGGUUCCCCAAUUUGGCGGCCCCUGACCCCCUGUACGUGCUGCCCGUGCUGGUCACUGCCUCCACCUGGCUCGUCCUGGAGCUGGGGGCCGAGACGGGCGUGGCCGCGCCGGGGGCGGGGCCUGUCCGUCAAAUCCUGAGGUUCCUCCCCCUCGUCUUCCUGCCCUUCAUCAUCCACUUCCCCACCGCCGUCUUCACCUAUUGGCUGACGUCCAACGGCUUCAGCCUAUUGCAGACGGGGCUGCUGCGAGUCCCCGCCCUCCGGGCCAAAUUGGGCGUGGCCCCGCCCCUGGCCACGCCCCCGGCUCCGCCCACCGGCCCCGCCCCCCGGCCGAAGGCGGGAAUCCUGCAGCAGCUGAAGAAAGAGUGGCGCGAGGCCCAGGCCACGCACGAGGCCGAGCAGCGCCGCUGGCGCCUCAAGAACCACCUCGACCUCGCCGCCAAAGGCCCGCUCCGACAAACCUUCGCCAAAAACCCCCUCCCCCCGCCCUCCACCGCCCCGGCCGCGCCCUCAGAAACCCCGAAAAGACCCUGGAAAAACACUUUGGGAUGACGGAGGGAGACAAUAAAAAUAAAAAUAAAAACCGCGCGGAAAAUAAAAAAAUAAAAAACCUGACUUUUUUUUGGGAAAAAACGGCGAAAUUCGGCGGGGUUUGGGGCGGUGUGGCCGAUGGGAGUUGCUGUA